UACGCGUAUCUGGCAUCAUUGGAACGAACCAAUCUCCUUAAAUAUUGUCAAGAACGUUUCAAAAUUCAACGAAAACGAAUUUAAUGUGUUAAUAAAAGGAGGCAAUAACAGUUCUCGUAGAAGAUGAAACGACCAAUCGAGGCAGUUAUCGAAGAAGUAAUUACAGAUCCAUCCAAGGUUCAACCGAUCAUUGUUAAUUUCCAAAACGGUGAACUUAAAGAUGACGAAGCCAAGAAGAUGUCGUGCGGUCUGUUUUAUGACGAAAAGAAAAGGAAAUCUUGCUUGGCUCUGUCAAAUGGACAGAUUGUUUAUAGAGGUUAUAAACCCGACAUGAGUCAAGAUUUAAUGCGAACCAUGCUCGUUCUACAUAACAGAGAAACAGGAAAGGUCAGGCUUGUUCAAGUUGAACGUUGGCAAGUGACUCCGGUGCUGGAGAAACCAGUAUUGGAUAACAACAAGAUCACAGAAGAUGACAAAAUUGCUACGUUAAACAAAGAAUUUGGUUCGAAGAAAGUAAAACGAAGAACGGAACAAAAUGAAAAACUGAGAGUGAAUGUAGAUUCUGUUAAGGAGCAAUUAGAACAAACUGUAUCAAAUGUCGAUAUCGAUAGGACAGAUUUGUCGGUACAGUUACUAGACAAUGAAUUCAUAAUGAAUAAAGCUUUGCCAGAAUGUAAUAGAAGUGCUACUAGCGUAAAUGAUGUAUAUAACGCAUACGAUAUUAUACCAGAGAAUAAAUUGGAAACCUUGUAUGAAAGAGCUGCAGAAAUUUUGAACGAUGAUACCAUAAGUUUAGAGGGGAAAUCAAAGUUCUUUAGUAGAACAUUGAAAUAUAUACAGUCUGAUCCAGACAAUAUUAAGAAAGUAGCGUUCCUAGUUUAUGUACAAUCAGUCGUGGCAUGGUUAAAUAUGCCAAUGAAAGAUGCCAAGAAGCGAGGCAUUGAAGUUUGUCCAGCUUCUGCGGAAGUGAAUUUGUAUAUAAUAGAAACAUAUAGUGUUCAGAGUACUCAUGGAAGGUUGAGACCAACCAGUGUAAAAGACAAAGGAGUAAUACAUUGUAUGAUUUUGGCUUUGAUAAUUUAUAACUUUGUACUUGAUAUGGAAUUAUUUGCAACGAUAUUUAAUCACCGGAUGGGUUUGAAGAAAUUAACCGACCUUGCCAAAAUCAUUGGUGCUGUACCCAACAAAGAGGACAAAAAAAUUAUCACUCUAAAAGUUCCAUUGCCACCACCGGUAUCUAUUGUAAAAAAGGGAAAGAAAAAGUAGCUGUAAAAAGCGUAUAAUAUUUAAUAGAAUAUCAUUUUAUGAAUAAAAUAUGUUUAAUCUAGUACUAUCCGAUAUCAUA